AAUUUGUGAAGCAAUUAGAAUAGACAUCUGACUAAACAAUGCAAGGCUAGCUCAACCAAUUAAAAAAAUAAUACCUGUGAAUUGGUGUAUUUUGUCAGAAUUUCGUCUUUUCUGUGACUUUUGUCAAUCCCAUGACUUGAUAAUUUGACUGGUCAACAUCUUAAUUAACUUUAAAAUUAAGCACUCACAAUCAGAGCUAAACAUGCUGUUUUGUUGUUUUCUUUUCUCCCUCCACUAGACUGACCAUGUAUGCAGUUGUUACUCUGCAAGACUCAGAUGAGGUGAUGGUGGUAGCAUCAAACUGGCUGAGCCUAGACAAGAAACAAUGUUACUGGCCCCCAUUCAAAUCACCAGACAAGUGCAUGGAAGCUGUUCAGAACAGAAUUAAAGCUGAAACAGGAGGGAAACCAUGGGAGAAAUUAAAUAUUAGCUUUCACAGAGAAUAUGUCACUUUUGAGAAGGCAAAAGAGGAGCAACAAGAAAUUAAAGAACGGAAAGAACGGUCAUAUCUAUUAGCCACUGGAUUCCCUGGAAUGCUAAAAAGACAAAGAUUUGAAAGCACUCAAGAAAUGUUAAAACAACAACUUCCUCCUGCACCAUCUGCAUCUACAUCCAGAAUGUCAGCUGAUGACAAGGAUGAGCUCCUCCAAAUGCUGAGAGACAUCAAGAGCACAGUUCAGGAAAACUCUACUAUGUUAAAGAAACUACUAAAAGACAAUACGGUUUCUGAGGUCCCCAGCAGUACCAGCAUUCCUCAUAAAGACGUUAAAACAAACCUAAAACUGCCUCUUAGAACCAUUAAAGAGGUUGCCAGGACUGAAAGACAGCUCACAAAGAAUGCAACAACACGCCAAAAAUAUGUAAGAUAUCUGUCAAGACUUGGAGGUUUUGGGAAAAAGGAUGUGAUUAAGAAUAUUAUGCGGCAUGUCCUAACAGAUGAUCUGGCCACAAAGUUUAACUGGCAGGGGAGAGGAAAUAAAAAGCCCUUCUCUAAGCUUAUUUUAACAGAUGUAAUCAGAGAUGCUGCAUCAAAACAAAGU